GUUCCCAUAAUGCAACUCAGCCUUUCCUUAGACUGUCCCUCCAUGUUUUCUGUGCUCCUCCAGUUUGCAGUUCAGGCUUAAACCUGCUGGAGUGCUUCCUUUGUGUGGCGUCACAGAAACAUACAGGAAUAAAGUUUAGGCUGCUGCACUGACAUCAGUCUUUCAUGCAAAUUUUCACUGCAUUAUCACGGACACACAAAGUGAUGCAUGUAAACCAGCGGAGAACGUUCAGCACAUCCGGGCCUUCAUUCAAAGCAGCCAGCUGAGCUCUGUGGAGAUAAGGAGCUCAGCAGCAAUAAGAAGACCUGACGCAGACACACCAGGACACAAACUUGUCCAUCGAUAUGCAGACGGACAAACUGUCUCUCACGCUGUAGGCGGGAACUGCAGGAUCAAUCUCAAACUAUUUCAAGGCCGCACUUAAGUCUGACAGCUGAGGUGUUUUUCAUGGAUGAAAGUUGACUCAGCAUUGAUGGCAGACUGAGGUGGUCUUCAUUACAACCUACUGCAUCCACCACACCAGCUGAGCGACACACUCUGAGGCUUCCCAUGCUAAUCUGAACAGCUGAACACACAAAUAGCCCCUGUGUGGCCUCAUAUGGCUGACAGCAGCACGGUGACGACAACUGGCCCCCUGCCCCUCAACGUCACUGCUAACCUCACUGGCAACACCACCACAGCCGCCACCGCCCAGGUAGCCAAAGUCAUCAGCUGGGUGACGUUCAGCAUCGGGCUGCCCGUCAUCGCGCUGGCUAUUUACAUCCUCAAGAAUCUGUCCAAAGGUGAGAACAAAGUUCCCAUGCAUGUCAUGUUCCUGCUGGUCUCUGACAUCAUCAGUUUCUUUGGUCGUCCCACUAUAGAUCAGGACAUGAACAGUGGGACCUUCUUCUCCUCCAACACCACCGACUUCCUCUUCUACUUUGGUGUCAUCUCCAACAUCACCCUCAUGCUGUACAUAGCUCAGGAGCGCCAUCUCCUGGUGGCCUACCCACAGUGUCUUGGCUGCUGUGGCAGGAUCAAGCACUCGCCUGCCGUCACCUUGGUGGCGUGGGCUGCUCCAUUUGCCGUCCUGGCCCUCGCUGUGCUGCGAUACAAGCUCUGGUUCGCCGUUUGUCUGCUCGCUCCCUUCCCCUUCCUGCUCUUCUUUGCCGUGGACUCGUGGAGGGCCCUGAUCUGCUCCAGAUCGAACCCAUCCACGCCUGAGAGGAAGAGGGCAGUAUGGGGCAUUGGUGCAAUCUGGGCCAACUACACCCUCCUCUACAGCCCGUUCAUCCUCAGCGUCCUCCUGGAUGCUCUGUCCUAUAAGGAGGCGGUGACAUACCUGGGGCUGGUGUCUCACCUGCUGCUCUACCUCAGCCCUCUGGUGGACCCCUUCCUCUACACAUUCAUGACCAAAGGGUUUAAAGAGGUGCUGCAGGCGCUGCCCUGCUGUCAAACCCCGAGUCGGAAAGAGAACACGAGGCCGACUGUGGACACUGUGGCCGAGACUGUGGAGACGAGACUUUGA